AUGGUCAAGAAGAAACGACAGACAGCAUUGGGUGGAAAAAAAUCCAGCUCCUUGCCUAAAGUAAAUCCGUUUGAACUGAAAUUCAACCGUCUCAAACAUGACUGGAACUUUAAUGUAAAAAAUAGCACUGUGCUGUUUUAUGUGUUGGGAAAAAAGAAAGGAUCGCUUGGGGCUGGUCAUCCCGGGCUGUCACGCAAACGGGCUUACGAACAGCGACAAAAAAGUCUAGGGGUUGAGUACGAUCGUCGAGGUAAAGUGAAUAAGACGAACAAGUGUGCUUGUCUUGUCCUCAUACCGUAUUUCUUUCAUAGAUUGUUGACAAACGUAUCGGUGAAAGAAACAAGAGUAUCUCCAACAGUUCCCAACUUUGUCAUGAUAUUUUUUAUUAGUUUAAAGUUUAUAGAUUUUCGGCUGAACCCCAACCGCAAGGACGUAAUUGCCGAUUUGAUUGCGAAAACUAGGCAAGCCCGAGAGAAUAAGCACAGCGCAAAAGAUGAGAUGGAAACUGUCACCGAAGAGUUAGAUGCGAAAUAUCUUAAAAAUUUGGAAAAGAUUAAGAAUUCUUUUCGUCCAGUAGGAGCGACAAAAGUUGCAAAGGUUGAUAAGGACGACUACGAUAAACUGGCUUUAAGCCUGAAAUUAGAUGCGGAUGCACGUGCCACUCCAGCUGAACGUACGAAAACAGCAGAGGAGUUAGCUCUGGAUGAGCGCUUGCAGUUGGAGGAAUUGGAAUCCCUCAGAAUUGCUAGGAUGAACUCAGAGAAGAACAAGCAUGGUCAUAUUUCUGCUGAUGUGGAAGAAGUUACUGGAAAGUUGGAGAAUAGAGAAAAAACCAGUGGGUUUGAAGUACGCUUCGAUUUCCAUGGGAAACUUAUGAACGUAGACAAGGUAAGUGUUAAGACUACGUAUCUUUGCCUUAUUGUUCUUUUCUUCCUAAAUAUAUGUGAGGUUAAGGUAGAGGGAGUAUCUAAACAAAAAAUUUUCCUUGAUUCUGAUGAGGAAUUGUUGGAUGAAGAACUUCAGGAUGAAGACGAAGAAGAGCUUGAUGAUCUGAUCCAAGAGAUUAAUAAGAGCGACGAAUCUAACGUUUUAUCGAAAUCAAGCAGUUGUCUGAGAGGGAGACAAGAGGCGAUAGGUGGUGAAGGUAACGCUAGUUGUAAGGAUGGAGAAGAGAAGGAAUAUGACGAAGAAGAGAGAAAGAACAAAGAUGGAGUAGGAACGAAAUGUUCUGGUCCGCCUCUCUCAAAGGGAGAAAUGAAGGAAUUUGGAUCCAGUGACAAAUUUCGCUCAGUCGGAGUUCUGGACCUGGAAGUGCCUUUUAUCAUUGAAAUGCCGAGGAGCUUCGAACAACUUGUUGAUUUGCUAUCUAGUUAUCCUAGUGAGAAAUUUGAAGUUGUUCUGCUAAGAGUUCACUGUAUUGUGCAUAAUCCUGUAUACUCUCUUACGUUCGCAUGUUUCUCUAGACUUAUAAAGUGCUAUCACCCUAGCCUUGCGGAGGGCAAUAAGAAGCUCCUUGCUAAGUUAUUUUUGUACUUACUGCGUUUCUUUGAUGGCUCUUCAUGUGGGUCACUUACUAGUGGUUCGUUGAAGAUGCUGGGUUCGUUGAUCAACGUAAUGUACGUACUUAUGAAGUUCGACGUGGAGUUUAGUACUAGAUGUAUUCGUGCGUUGAUUCGUCAACUUGUAGCAGCAUUGUAUCCCGUAAACGACGGUUGGCAUCCUGUUUGCUCUCCAGCUCUGGCCUUAGCUGCUAUGACACUUGCAAAGUCUCAUGUGAUAAACUUAACGGUUCUAGCGCGGCAAAUUCUUCUUGUCACUAUCAUUAGCGACUUUGUUGAAGAAACCAAACGCUUAGUACCAGAAGCGAUUGCCUUCUGUCAAGGUGCGCUGCUUAUGGCUGUAGAGAAUGGAGAGCAGGAACGUGCUCCAACUGUAGUGUUUCCAAUUUCAUUACCUCACAAACAGAUGCUCUAUGUGGAAGAGAAUCUCGCCAAGGAUGCUAAUGUCGAUCCAUUGACGAUUUCGGAGGUUUUCGCUGAUGAGGACGUUCUUAUAGAAGAAUGCGAUAUGAAGCGAUGUCAAGUUCUCAGGGCUCUAAUCGCUGUCAUUCAGAAAUAUAGGAUCCUGUAUUCCGCGCAUGAACAUACGUUUACUACCACCUUUACACCAUUCUUGGUUCUCUUAAAACGGAUUCCUCUUAGCCGAUUACCUUCAAUGGUGGCGGAAGAAAUAGAAACGUUGAUUCAAUCUAUGGAGGCGGAAUGCAAAGUACGAUCUCGAGUCACUCAAAUGAGUAGAGUUGUCACUGAAAAGAGUAUGUUAAAAAUGCUAGAACCGAGGUUCGAGGUGCACUUUGAUCCUGAAAGGCCGCGUAUGAGUCGCGAUCAAAGGCGUAAAGGAGUCCAUGCUGAAAAACAAAAGUUGCAGUAUUUAGUAAAGAAAGAGACACGUGGGGAAAGGCGUAUUGAUGAAAUGAUUCGCCGUGUGAACACUGUAAGUGAGAAAAUGGCAUGCAUUCGAGAGUACCAACAGAGCAUGGAUGCUGUCAAUGCCUAUACCGUCAACGGGUCUAGAAGAGCCGUACUACUGGAAGAACUGCAACGAGAGAACAGGCAGAUUCUGGCUUUUCACGGCGAACAUCACAUUUGUUUGAAUGUUCAUAGGAUGUCGAAGCAACCCUUGUUCAAAGAUAUGACUACGAUCUUUUUUGAGAAUGUCGAUGACGACGCAAAGGAAAAGGAACGGUUUAGGAGGCUUAUUGCUGAUAUAUCGGAUUUCAUGAAGCAGUGCGAGGACUCGGCUUCUAACAAUCUUCAACAACUUUCUCAACUUUUGCAAGAAAAUCGGAUUCUACGGGAAAUGCUAUCGAGCGCGGCGAUCUCAACUCCAGGUGUUAAACGGGCCUUUUUCAAUGCAUUGGCUGAAUUGAAAACUGAACGGGAACAGAAGAUGGGGAACAGUUUGGUUCAUGGUGCUGAUGUUGAUGUUGACGACACCGAUGACGAGCUCAGUAGAACCAUAUUCGAAGCAAGUCAUGCACCUUCUCUUUAG